GGGAGCGAGGGCAGGGGUGAGGCGGGCGAAGGGAGGCAGCGCGUAGCGAGACCCACGAAGCGAGACCCAGAAAGAGACUGUCGCGGGCAGGCGGUCCCUCCGCGCCCCCCCGUCCUUCGCCGCCCGGUGGGUCCCGCCCGCCCCCGCCCUCCGGGCCGCGCGUCCUCCGGCCCCGCCGCCCCCGGAGCGGAGGAUGAUGAAGCUCAAGUCCAACCAGACGCGCACCUACGACGGGGACGGCUACAAGAAGCGGGCGGCCUGCCUGUGCUUCCGCAGCGAGAGCGAGGAGGAGGUGCUGCUGGUGAGCAGUAGUCGCCAUCCAGACCGAUGGAUUGUCCCCGGGGGUGGCAUGGAGCCCGAGGAGGAGCCUGGCGUAGCCGCCGUGCGCGAGGUCUGUGAGGAGGCUGGAGUGAAAGGGACGUUAGGAAGAUUAGUGGGAAUUUUUGAGAACCGGGACAGGAAGCACAGGACUUAUGUUUACGUACUCAUCGUCACCGAAGUGUUGGAGGACUGGGAGGACUCUGUCAAUAUUGGAAGGAAAAGGGAAUGGUUUAAGAUAGAGGAUGCCAUAAAAGUUCUGCAGUAUCAUAAACCGGUGCAGGCCUCGUACUUUGAGACCUUGAGGCAAGGCUGUCUGGCCAACAACGGCACCCCGGUGAUGAGCACGCCGUACUCCGAGGGCUCCGUGUCCGACAUCAGAUGACUGACGAGGUCCCUGCCAGAGCAAUUCCCUAAAGCAGACUGAGACCUGGAUUUCCCUCCCCUCCCCGUUCCCAUGCCUCCUCCCUCACACCAGGCAUGGGGCAGAGCAAGUGUUCAGAGUGCUGCGAUUUAGUGCGAGGUGGGAUGAUUUUUUUUUUUCGUUGUUGUUGGCUUUUUUUGCUUUUUUUUUUUUUUUUUUUUUUUUUUUGGAUCUGUAUUUUGUAAAAUACAUUUUGUGCAUGAAGUGCCCCUUUCCCGGUACUCCGCUCCACGGCCUGGAGGCUGCCAGCCCCGCAUCUGCCUUGUGCUCUGAAGUGUCCCAAGUGUCCCCUUCGUGUCACCCCAGCCAAGCCACUUUUUUUUUUUUUUUUUUUUUUUUUUUAAUUAAAAGACUUCCAAUGUGAGAUCAGCUCUUCAAGUCUUAGUCUGUACUGUAAGGUGCUGCUCAGACCCGUGUGGGGAUUACUCGCAGCACAUCUGUAUAAACUUUUUUUUUAGAUGGAGGAUCUAACAUUUUAAUUUUGCGGGAGUAUUUUUUUUUUAAUCCUGGUCUGCUUCUGAAAAGAAGGGUUCAUAAUUAAUCUGUUUGCCUUUUGUUCUGUUUUUUAAAAACACACAUUCUGUGACAGUGCUAGUGGCUGGGCCAGUUUACUCCCCAACCAGUAUCUCCCGAUUUAGUGCAGUGACACUUGAAGUUGAGGGCAGAGUUCGGAUCACCUGCAGACAUCCCUGCAGACAUCCCCGCCGCUUUUCCGGCAGCUUCCACCGACGUUUCUGCAUUUCCAUCCGAGGGAAACCGCACGGAGCCGGUCUGGAGCCGCUGGCCAAAACCAAACGGCCUCAGCAGCGCUGCGACAGCGCCCGGUGGGAUCGGGGCUGCAGGGGGGCCAGAUGGACGGACAGACAAACUGCAGCGAGGCUCAGCAGCGCUGCCCCUGCUCCCGCUGCGUCCUGCUCGUGUCUCUCUUGUCCACAUGCCUUACGCCGUGCUGAACUGGACGCUUGGGGUUUGUGCCGAGCGCCGGACCGCGCUCGCCGAGGAGAGAAAUGGCGCGCGCGUCCCUGAAGAGAAAUCCCGGGGGGAAAAUUCAGGUGUUGAGUCUCUUGUCCUGUGGUUCUGCAGCACUUACGGUCGCACCGUGGAGCGUGCUUGAGGUGUGCCCUCCGUGAAAGGUACAGCUGCCUGCUGCAGGCGGCAUUCCCGGGGGAGCAGCGCAGCAGAGCUCCCCGUGCGCCGGCACACUUCACUUGGGGGUUUGUUGUUUUAUUGCUGUAAGUUUCAUGCUGUCUUGAUUUGCCAACAGUGUUGUCUAGUUGGGAAAUAAAACGGGAAG